CAGGGAGGGGAGGCAGGGCGGGCGGGCCCUGCGAGCCCUUAAAGGAGAGCGGCCGUCCUCCUCCCCCGACGGGGAAGGCGGAAGAGCGAAGCAGGAGCAGGAGAAACAACAACAACUACCCCCGCCCCCGGCCCUGCCUGGCUCCCCUGCGGGUUUAUAUGCACCUGGCCGGAUUACUGCUCGCCCUAGAGAAGAAAGAGAAGGGGCAGCAGCGUGACCGCGGCUCACCUUCCCCGGCCAUGUGCUCGGUAAGCGAGGGUAGCAGUACAGAGCCCUUGGUGGCCCGCUUCAAACAGGUGGAGGAGACGCUGGAGAAGCUGCACCGGGAAAACAGGAGCCUGAAGAAUAAAGUGCCUCGGUACAACGCGCUCUGCACCUUGUACCACGAGUCCGCUCAGCAACUGAAGCACCUCCAGCUGCAGCUGGCUGCCAAGGAGGCGACGAUCCGGGAGCUGCGGAGCAGCCUGGCCCGGCGGCAGCAGCAGCAGCCGCAGCCGGCGGCGGGCGGCGAGGCGGGGGCGGCGGGCGCGGAGCCGGCCCGCUCGCUGGUGGAGAGCCUGCUGGAGCAGCUGGGGCAGGCCAGGGAGCAGCUCAGGGACAGCGAGCGACUCUCGGCGCGACGAGUGGAAGCUCUGAGCCAGGAAGUACAGAAGUUGAAUCAGCAACUAGAGGAGAAAAAUGGAGAGAUACAACAGAUGAUAAAUCAGCCUCCGUAUGAAAAGGAGAGAGAAAUCUUACGACUUCAGAAGAGCUUGGCAGAGAGGGAAAAGGCUCAGGCCACCAGCGAUGUUUUGUGCCGUUCACUCACUGAUGAAACUCAUCAACUUCAACGCAAAUUAGCGUCCACAGCAGAAAUGUGUCAACAUCUGGCAAAAUGUCUAGAAGAGAAGCAAAGAAAAGAGAAGGGGAAUUCAGAUGACCAGAUACCUACUGAAAGAUCUAAUCAGCUUUUAGACAAUGAAACUUCACUUCAAGCUCUUAUCUGCAACCUACAAGAUGAAAACAGGAUGUUAAAACAAAAAGUAGCUCACGUGGAAGACUUAAAUGCAAAAUGGCAGAAAUACGAUGCGAGUAGGGAUGAGUAUGUGAAGCGACUCCACUUGCAGCUAAAAGAGAUGAAGUCUCAACUGGAGCAGCAGCAUGGCAUAACUUCAGCACAAACGAAUUCUGACCUGAUGCACAAGGAGAUAUUCCGGUUAAACAAGCUACUGGAGGAAAAAAUGAAUGAAUGCAUAAAAACAAAGAGAGAAUUAGAAGAUGUGAAGAAGGCUAGUGAAGGAGAUAAUGAGCGCAUACAAAUGCUGGAGCAACAGGUCCUAGUUUAUAAAGAUGAUUUCACAUCUGAGAGAUCAGACAGAGAACGAGCACAGAGUAAAAUACAAGAGCUUCAGGCAGAAGUUGCAUGUCUGCAACACCAGCUAGCAAGAAGACAGGACUCAAGAGACACAAGUAGUCAUUUCAGAGUUCACAUUGGUAACCAAAAUCAUAUGUAUGUACAGACGAACGUUGAACAUCUACGAGGCAAUAGCCCAGGCCAAACAGGCUUGAGAAGAACAUCUUCACAGUCUGAACAAGCUUCUCCUCCUGCGAACAAUGGAAACUCAGGAUCUGAGGGCAGGGCACAGGGUGAACUUAGAUGCCCUCAUUGUAUGAGGUUUUUCAGUGAUGAACUCAGUGAUGAAUUCCUCAAGCAUGUUGCUGAAUGUUGUCAGUGACCACGUGAUGUGAGCGUGUAAGUCGAUCACUACUUUAUAGACAGUAAAACUCUUAGGAAUUAGGAGGAUGAACAAUAUCUACCUCUUAUUUGAUUUCACCUUCUCUUGGACUGUAUGAAAGACUUCAAGAUAAAGCAAAGUGUUUUUAUGAAGAACUAUUUUUAACAACUGUGAGGAAGGCAAGAAUAAUGCAAAUUCUACUACAAACUAAACUGAAACUUACAGUGGUAGUUAGCUUCAGAGUGCAGCUUGACUUGUAUUUGAGUCUAACUCUUCCCAGCAGUCUGAAGUCUUGUGAAAAAAAUUACUGAACUUGAAAUUUUCCUCCUCUUCCAAAAAAGUAGGCUGAAGAACGCAGGAGGAGCAUUUUGGCAGAAGAUAGAUAGGAAAAAAUCUUAUUGUGCUUUAUCUGGAUUAAAAGCGAAAGUAUUUUCUUCUCAGUCUACUGAGGCUGAACUUUCAGACAUCUCAUCCGAAAAUCCUUGUGUUCCACUGAAAUCAGGAGAAGUGAAGAAAAUGUAAAAGGGCUGGUUAUUGACUAAAACUAGCUUGUCUUCUUGCACAGAAACAAUGUACAGGAAUAUUUAUUUUUUCUGUGCAAUAAGUAACUAUUUUACACAUUUGUAAAUGUGUAUUUGUGUAAUUAUUGACUGUAUUCCUAUUUUACCUAAGGAUUAUUUUUAUAAUAAAAGUGAUUGUGCAGUUGUUUUACUACAUUAGUAAAGUGGUCAAAAAUCUCUCUUUCAGUGUAAGUAUUUAAAUGUGAAAUAGUCCCAGUAACUAUACUAAGGGCUAACUAAAUGUCAUGGUUUCAGAUUAAGAGUUACUUCAUUACUUCAGUGAUAACCAGUGUCUCACACUAUUUUCACAUGGGUUGAAAAAUCACUCCUCAUUUACGUGAGGAAGAAUGACCUUUCAGAUGCAUGAGAGCACAUUAACGCCCUACCCUGUCACACAUCUGUGAUGAUGCCAGUGCUAGCUUAAACGUCUUCUUAACCUACCUACACUGGCAAUAACUUCAACAAAUCACAGGGGGCUGUUUUGAGAAGUAUCAGAAGUUACAGUGUACAAAUGUAACAAACAGAGCUACGGGUUUUUUCAGCCUUGGCUCCAAGUGUUUCUCACCAUGUCAGAGCUGGAGUUAAGGACAGGAUACAAAAUAAAGGCCUACUGCAACCAGGACCUUUCAUAAUUAAAAAAAUUUACUUUGUGUAACAACACUCCUGUCUUCUGCUUUGCUUUCUUCCCAGUACUACACUUUAGGAAGAUUGUGGAUAUUUUCCUUGAUGUUUCCUGUUCAGGAUCCUGUUGCAGCCCCAAAGAAAGACGAUGGUUUAUGCCAAUGUUGUCUUAGGUGGGAUAUUGCCAAAAAAGAUGCAUGGGCCAUUGCAUGCAGUGUGCAGGUGCAAUUGUUCUUAUUAAUCUAACUGAUUGCAAACCUGUGAUUGAUUACCAGCUGCUUGUUCCCAACACAACAUGUACAAACAUGCAGAGAUUUUUUUUUUUUCUUCUUUUUUUUAGUGACCAUUUUAUACAUUGCCUUUUAAGGUCUUAGAGAUCAGACGCAGCCCACAGAAUAUAGGCUGAGAAACGUAUGAUUAAACUUCCUGUGGCAUAAGCUAAUCUUACUGUUUCUGACUGUUCUCAUUAGACAAACCUUGUUUACAGCUUCAGUGUACAUCAAUACUAUAUCGCCGGUGAUUGAUACAGCAGAAUAUGGACUUUUUUUUUUAGUGAUUCACAUUACAAGACAGUUACAAACACAACAAUAAAGUGAGUUAGAUCUUGG